GUCCAAGCAACGCUGCUCACCGUCCUCCCCCCGUCCUCGACAUUUUAGUUCACGAGCGACCAUGCUCACAAAGGCUGCAGCUAGGCGGGGGCUCAAGCCAUUGGGGAACGUAGUCAAGAGAGGCUUUGCAACGGUGCAGGAUCCACCGGUGAGGCAUUAUGGUGGCCUCAAGGACCAGGACCGUAUAUUUACUAACUUGUAUAGUCGGCACGACCACGGCCUAAAGGGUGCUCAGAGUCGUGGAGACUGGCAUCGCACAAAAGAUAUCUUAAACAAGGGCGAUGCAUGGAUCAUCCAGACGAUGAAGGACUCAGGUCUGCGCGGACGCGGAGGUGCUGGAUUCCCGAGUGGCCUGAAGUGGAGUUUCAUGAACAAGCCUGGAUGGAAGGAGGAUCCGAGACCACGAUACCUGGUCGUAAACGCCGACGAAGGCGAGCCCGGGACUUGCAAAGACCGGGAGAUCAUGCGUGGGGACCCCCACAAGCUCGUCGAAGGCUGCCUCGUGGCUGGGCGAGCGAUGAACGCGACCGCGGCCUACAUCUACAUCCGUGGCGAGUUCUAUCAAGAGGCGUCACACGUCCAGCAGGCGAUCAACGAGGCUUACCGUGCGGGUCUGAUCGGGAAGAACGCCUGUGGAAGCGGGUACGACUUCGACGUUUACUUGCACCGGGGUGCUGGCGCGUACAUCUGUGGAGAGGAGACUGCGCUCAUCGAGAGUCUGGAGGGGAAGCAGGGCAAGCCCAGGUUGAAACCUCCCUUCCCCGCUGAUGUCGGCCUGUUUGGCUGCCCAUCCACUGUGGCGAAUGUCGAGACUGUGUCGGUGGCGCCGACGAUCUGCCGGCGUGGAGGUCAGUGGUUUGCAUCCUUCGGUCGGGAAAGGAAUCAGGGCACAAAGCUGUUCUGUAUUUCUGGACAUGUCAACAACCCGUGCACGAUCGAGGAGGAGAUGAGCAUCCCGCUCAAGGAUCUUGUCGAGAAGCACUGCGGCGGUGUUCGCGGUGGAUGGGACAACUUGCUGGGCAUAAUUCCUGGGGGGAGCAGUGUACCCAUUCUGCCGAAGAACAAGUGUGAAGAAGUAUUGAUGGACUUUGAUUCCCUCCGCGAUGCCCAAUCUGGUCUCGGCACUGGUGCUGUCAUCGUCAUGGACAAGUCGACCGACGUAGUUCAGGCCAUCGCGCGGUUCUCCCACUUCUACAAGCACGAAUCAUGCGGCCAGUGCACCCCGUGCCGCGAGGGCACCACGUGGAUGAUGAACAUGAUGGACCGAUUCGCAGAGGGGCGCGGGCAGUCGAGAGAGAUCGAUAUGUUACUAGAGAUCACCAAACAAGUCGAAGGUCGCACAAUCUGCGCUUUGGGUGACGCUGCCGCUUGGCCUAUCCAAGGUCUUAUGCGCCAUUUCCGCCCAGAAAUCGAGAAGCGUCUCGCGGACUUCAACGCCGCCAACGGUCCAGUCCUUUUCGGUGGUCGCUUGCAACGAGAUGCUCCUUCAGAACUCGCGAUCUCGGAUAAUCUAGGCCCUGAGCGACCCUCGCCUGAAGAGCAAAUGGCGUCUGUUCCUCCUCCCACAGCGACACCUGCAGCAGCUUAAAAUUUUGUACAAUUGCAGGAAUAUGUAUGUUGUUCCUCAUCGUAAUGAGAUCGUUGGCCAAAGCCCG